CUUCAUUUUCUUACAAUUGUUUAGCCAGCUGGCUAAACGCUGCUAGCUGCAAGUUCAGGCGAAAAAUACACCGAGUUAGAUGACAUUCCCUGGUUUGAAUUAGCCGCUAGCAGUGGUCUGUAGCUCCAUCUGUGCUUUAGUGUUUUGGUGGGCUUCGUGUUUUGGCUUUUGGUGGAGCAGAGACGACGCCCGACUGCUAGCUAGCUUAGCGGUGGUUAGCUUAGCCAGCAGCCGCCGCCAUUACCAGCCGACGCUAGCUAGCUAUUAACGCCGCUACAGGCCUGAAGCUGACUCCUGGGAACUCUGCUGCCUCACGAUGCAUUCACUGUCCCAGGAGAUCCAGGGUUUCUCCAAAAGCCGCCUGAAGAAACAGUGCACGCGUGUUACCACGGUGACAGGCAGGAGGCUGUUGGAGAGGAGGAGUGAUGGAGCGGAGGGAGAGGAGCAGGUGGAGGAGCUGGAGGAGGGAAGUGGAUGUGGAUUUGUGGAAGAUGAAAGUCUGGACCUUCAAGUCGGUGUGGUCCGACCGUUCUUACUGCUGGCCUCUCAGGAUGCAGCCCACGACAUUGACACCCUGCAGAGAUAUAAGGUGUCUCAUGUGCUGAAUGUGGCCUACGGAGUCUCUAACCUGCUCCCAGAUCAGCUGGUUUACAAGACGCUGCAGAUCCUGGACCUCCCGGAGACUGACAUCACCUCAUAUUUUGGGGAAUGCAGCUCCUUCAUAGAUCAGGCCCGAGAACAGGACGGCGUGGUGUUGGUCCACUGUAAUGCAGGCGUGUCGCGCUCGUCCUCCAUCGUGAUUGGAUACCUAAUGCAGAGGGAGGGGCUGUCGUUUGAUGAUGCGUACAGCCAGGUGAAGCUGGCGAGGCCGUCGACUCGGCCCAACCCCGGCUUCUACCAACAGCUACAGAACUACAAACCUUGAAGCUGCAAUAAUUUACUUUGUUGUCACCUUUAAAGUUGUUGCGGUGAACUUAACAGGUGGAAUCACGCGGAUCUUUGCCUUCCUGACACCACGUUCGACAGAUAGUUGUUCACUUUCUUUGUCAGCCGUUUGGUUUUGAGCAGCUUGUGUCUCCUAAAUUAUUCUACCAGAUAAGAAAAGUUAUGAGCUGUAAAAACCCAAAACAAUGAGCUGAAAGAGGCUUAAAGGCUCUGCAGAGCUGAGGAAAACUGCGGAUGUGCUAAUAAUUCAGAUUCAAACUAACUUUAUUGACAAGACAUGACAAUGACAAGAAAACUAAUUAGAUCACAAGAAAAUAAUGUUUUUUUUCCACUGCAAAAUCUUACCAAAUAUAUAGUAUUUAUGAAGAGAUAUUUUCUUGUUCCGCUGUCAGAUUGUUUUUAUUUCUUACAAUAAAGAAACUCCUCCUUUUUUAAAUGAUGCUUAAGUGACAUUUUCUUCGGCGCUGACUCUUAAACAUCUGGUGCAGAGUUGGUUUUUAGUUUAUGACUAUAGUCAAAACAUUUCACAACUAAUUCUGCAGUCUUGACUUCUCAGCCCUCAUAGAUCAGGACGGUUGUGAGUAUCGGGGAGAUGGAUGAACCCCAGAUUAUAUAUAUUAUUUAGUUUUUCCAAAGAAAACCUUCUCAGAUCUUUGUGUCUCCUGCAGCGUAAUAAGAAGUGAGGUCGUGUUUCUGUCUCUCUUUCAUGACAAAGCGAAGACAGCCUGUUCUUCCUGUUUCUGCUCACUCGGCCUGUACGUCGUCACAGUUUUUUCAUAUUUCUAAAUGAGUCUCGGCGGUCAGGUACUCUGCCGCCGGGCCGUCUCUGCUCGGGGUCCUGAGGUCCUGCAGUGAGUGGGCCGAGCUUCGGGACCAGCUGGCAGAGACGACUCUUUAUCUCUGUCCAGGGCCGUGUAAUGGUAGAACAGGGGGUCACUAGAUAAGCGGUGUUUAUUAAAUUAGAUCGCUCGCUUUUGGAUUUUAAUUAUUGGCGUGUACGGGCCGAGUUCUGCCCUGCAUGUGUUAUUAGUUGUGUGUCUGUGAACUCUGCAGGGCUUCUUGACUAGUUAGUUGGGCUCUAUUAUUUAGUCUUUUAGGAUUUAGAACCAGGUUUUUCCUGAUUUUUUCACCCCUACUCUUCGGUUUUUAAGUGCCUCCUUGCCCCUCAAGACAGAGACGUGGUUGAAAUCUCCCUCUACGAAAUGGGAAAACCUUUCGUACGUCAUCAGUAGGUGUCGAUGGGGUUUAUGUAAAAAGACGAGACUGGACAUUUUCCAGUACACACCUGAUUUCUCCUGCCUUACUCCAGCAAUCCUGGUAUUAUCACAAUGCCGUUUACCACUUACCUGAUGGAGGUAGAAAAGCACGGCCAUCGCAAGAACGUCACGCGGUCGAUCGAAUCAUCACACCACUUCAUUACCUGGCCACUAGCAGGUGUCUUAUAGGCUUUAACAUCAGCUCCUGCCCGCCUGAGCUGAUAUUAGAGUCCAGACUCUUCACCGCUGGACUUUAGUUUGAAUUUAUUGGGCUUAGUUGGAAGGGAGGGAGGUGUUUGGGGAUUUGGCCUUUGUCUUUUUUCUUUCUGUAUGUUUAAUUUUUGGAGUUUUACAGCUGGUCGAGUUCAACAUUUUGGUCUCUUUCCAUAAUUACAGUUAGUGCACACGUUUGACUGAAGCUGUGGAGGACGUCCGCAGGUUAAUUCUCUGUGGGUUCGUCACAUUUUACAUUAAACUUUGCCUUAUGAUCUAUUGUUAAAGGUGCUAUUUGUCUGAAAAUUAGGUUUUUGAGUCUCACUCAAAACUCGUUUAAAAGUUAUGCUUCAGGUUGCCGAUCGACCCCUAACCCUAACCCUCAACAAUCAACUUUUCUUACAAAUUUUAGACAAAAAUAUUGAUUCAUGAUGCUUUCAAGAACUACAAAUCACUUCUUCUUCUUCGGGCCUCGUGCUGCAUUCAUGCGCUCUCUGACUGUCGCACUUGACUGACUGUUAACUCGACUACUUUUUUACCCACUUUUUAACUUUUUGCUUUGACUUGAGGGGGCGUUCACGUACAUUUUCUCUGCUGGAAAUAUAUUUUUCUGAUUAUACGAACAUUACACCACAUGAACACACUAUAAGGUUGACCUAUCUUUCACCUAUAAGUAAAAUUUUUAUCAUGAAAAUUGUUUAUUUUUUGCGUAAAGUUUUAAAUGUUUUCUUAUCCAAGAUAAUAAUCAUGUUAAUGGAGGAUCUCAGCAAAUUGCAGGAGGCAGAUUUUAGUUUUUUUUUUAAUGUCUUGCUCGACAUUUUGAUUUGUUUUUUUGUUCUUCUGUGGAUGGAGCUGCUCAGUCGUCAUGCAGAAGGUUACGUAUGUUGAAUAAAAUCCCAUUUCUGUGUGCCGUAUGUACGUUCAUGCACUGGGCUAAUAUGUAUACACGUGUUGAACUUCGAUCCUUUUGACUAAAAAUAGAAAAGUAAGUGUAAAUCUGUGUCUUCCUCUGCUGUAAAAGCUUUGUUAACAAACUGAUUUCCUGUUACUUUUGUUCAUUUCUGGAGCCACUUACUUUCUUUGCGGUAUAGAUUGUUUCCUAAUUAAAGACGCACCAGUUUUUUCC